GAUGGAGCUCGGGGUCCUGGUUGGAGAGAACAUCCAGAUCGACGUAGGCGGUUUGAGUUUGACUUUCGAGAACGAGAUGAUGAACGUGGUUACCGAAGGACCCGUAGUGGCUCAGGAAGUGCAGAAGAUGAAAGGGACAGCUUGCCAGAAUGGUGCCUGGAAGAUGCUGAAGAUGAGACUGGCACCUUUGACUCCUCAGGGGCAUUCCUACCUUCCAAGAAGGUGCAGAAGGAGCCAAUUCCUGAGGAGCAAGAGCUGGACUUCCGUCCCUCUGUGGAAGGGGAGGUGCAUUCUGGUUCUGAUGGCAGCAUUUCAGAGGAGGGCAAUGAGGCAGACUCAGGCCUGGCCAGAGUAGUAUCAAAUGAGACAGGCAGAAAGGACAGCCUUGAAGACAGGCAAAUGGCCACGCCUCCUGAAACAGAGCACAGGACACGGUCUCCAGUCAUGAAGACUAAUCUUGGGGAUGAGCCAUCUGUCCAAAAAAAUACUGAUUCCCCAGUGUCCAAUAACACUGAGCAGGAAGUAAGACCCCAAACACCUCCAAAACCACCAACCCCACCAAACCACAAAGAAGAUUCCACUUCACAUGGGUCCAGAGGCUCCUACGAAUCAGCAGCUCCUUCUAUACCUCAAUCCAUAUCUCCUGCAUUUAGCCAAAGUACUGCUAUUCGACAAAUAAAAGAUCCACAUCAAGUAUCAGUAGUUCAUUCCGCAAAUUCUGCAACUCUUCAGAUAGACAGCACCUCAGGGCCAAGACAUCCCUCAGUAAAUGCUGCACCUGGCAUGGGUGGUCUUCUUUCUGAACCUGAUGAAGAGGAUGGACUAGAACAUCUAGAACAGCAAGCACAACAGAUGGUGGCGUACCUGCAGGACGGGGCGCUUGAUGAUGACAGAUUAACAGGGAAAGUGCCAGAUCACAGAGUGAAAGGACCAUCUCCAGAUAACCAACAGAAGUGGUACUACAAAGAUCCACAGGGAGAGAUUCAGGGUCCCUUUAGUAAUCGGGAGAUGGCCGAAUGGUAUCAAGCUGGAUACUUUCCUAUGACUUUGUUGUUACGGAGAGUAUGUGAUGAAACUUUCCAGCCACUCGGUGACAUUAUUAAAUUAUGGGGCAGAGUUCCUUUCAUCACACCUCCAACACCCAGACUAGGAGAAUUGGGUCCUGAGCAUAUUGGCCGCCACCAAGAGAUGACAGCCCUGUACCAGAUACAACAGCUGCACUACCAGCAGUUUCUAAUACAACAGCAAUAUGCCCAGAUGAUGGCACAGCAGCAGAAAGCAGCUCUUUCAUCACAGCAACAGCAACAGCUGGCUCUACUCUUACAGCAGUUCCAGGCUCUAAAGAUGAGAAUAUCUGAACAGACAGUUAUUCCUGCAUUGUCAAGAGCUAUGUCUGUGCCAGAUAGCACGCCUUUAUGGGAGCUUCAGACAGCUGCUCCUCCACCCACACUGUGGGAGGGAAGCAGUGUGUGGGACCUACCUGUAGAGCCGGCAUCUCAGGGAGCUUCAAGAGAGCAGCUGGAACAAAUGGAAAAAGCAAAAGCUGCCAAGAUUGAGCAGGAGAGAAGGGAAGCAGAAUUAAGGGCCAAGCAAGAAGAGGAGUGUCGACGUCUUGAAGAGGAGGAGAGGAAAAGAAAAGAAGAGCUGGAGCUAGCACGUCGAAAACAGGAAGAAGCUCUACGGCGACAGAGGGAACAAGAACUGGCACUUAGAAGGCAGAUAGAGGAAGAAGAGCGGAAAAGAGAGGAAGAACAGAGGCUGCUUGAAGAGAGGAGGCGGCAAGAGGAGGAGAGAAGACGACAAGAAGAAGAAAGGCAGAGACUUGAUGAGGAAAGGAGAAGGGCAGAAGAUGAAAGGCGAAGAAAGGAAGAGGAAAGGAAACGAGAGGAGGAGGAGAGAAGGCAAAGGGAAGAACUUCACAGGAAGCAAGAGGAGGCAGCAAGGUGGGCUCGUGAGGAGGAAGAGGCAGCACGGCGAAUGCUGGAAGAGUCAAGACAGCGGCAGGAGGAAGAAGACCGCAAAAAGCGUGAAGAAGCUCAAAGACAAAAAGAGCUACAGAGACAGAGGCAGCAGCAACAGGAGGCACUUCGACGCUUGCAGCAGCAACAUCAGCAGCAACAACUGGCACAGAUGAAGCUACCGUCUUCAUCCACAUGGGGGCAGCAGGUGAAUUCUAUAGGAUCAUCUCAGUCAGCAUUGUCUUUGGCAGAGAUACAGAAGCUUGAGGAGGAGAGGGAACGGCAGAGCCAAGAGGAGCAGCUUCGACGGCAGCAGCAGGAGAUAAAGUGUAUGCAGCAGCAACAGCAGCAGCAAAAAGCCCCUGGCUGGGGCAAUGUAGGAAAGUCUACUGGCAAUACAAAGUCUCUUCUGGAAAUUCAGCAGGAAGAAGCCAGGCAAAUGCAAAAGAUACAUCAACAGGCUGGCCGCGGCCGACCACCUAACAUUACUCUUCCAGCUACGCCUGCCCCGUCUCAGCUUCAGAACACUAUCACCUCUGCAAGCUCUGUGUGGGGUACUCUGAACAAUAACACAAGCCCCCAGUGGUCAUCUGAAUCCAUAAGUAGUAUAUGGAAUAGUCCAGAAAAUAAAAGCUCUAGUGGAGGAUUCUGGGAUGAAGCAGUGAAAGUGGUGGCACCUCGAAACGCCACCAACAAGAACAAGAACAAUGCCAGUAAGUCUUCGGGGGUGAACAGCCGACAGAGUAAGAAGGUUGAGCAAGAAGAAAAGCUUGUAAGACUGUUUCAAGGAGCAACAAAGUGUGCUGAUAGCUUCACCCAGUGGUGUGAGCAAACACUACAUGCACUGAGCACUGCCCACAACCUGGAUGUGCACACAUUUGUAUCUUUCCUGCGUGAGGUGGAGUCUCCCUAUGAGGUCCAUGAUUAUGUCUGUGAAUAUCUUGGGGACACCCCAGAGGCAAAGGAUUUCUCCAAACAGUUUCUGGAGCGCCGGAAUAAGCAAAAAACUACAGUACAAAAGCCACAGCAGGAAUCUGGAUGGGGCAUGUACCCAACAAGUCAAAACAACUUGCAGCCGGCAACACUAGAAACUGCACAAAGCGCUGGACGCAAGAAAAAGAAACAGAAGAUGGUUCGUGCAGAUCCAAGUCUUCUAGGAUUUUCUGUCAAUGCUUCCUCUGAGAGGUUGAACAUGGGCGAGAUAGAGACUCUGGAGGACUAUUGA